AUGAUAACAGCAGUUUCUAAAUCAAAUGGUGAAAUUACUGUUUCAACAGUUGAACAAAGAUUAACGAAGAAAUCAGCUGAAUUCAUUGAUUGCUUCAUUCAUCCUAAAGCAUUUUCACUCGAUCCAAAUAUUUACACUGAAUUAGUCGAUCAUUAUACAUCACAAGCUUUAUGUUUUCCAAUUAAAGUAAUGGACUGGAUUCCUAUGGACGGUUCGUUCAGUAAAGGUUCACCAUCAGCAACUUUCACAGCAGCUUAUACACCAAUUAACGUUAAAAGCAUUUGGGCUUUAUUUAGGAAGAAUGAUAAUUAUAUCGUGAAUUUCGAAAAUCCUCAAUUUGAAACCCUUCAAUUAUCAAUGGGGCUUAUGGAAGUAUGCCAGCUGAACCCGAAAGCUCUUGGUCCUGUGUUCUAUGAAAUGGUUGCUAAUGCAUGCAAUACAAAUAACGAUAUGAUAGGAUUUAAUGAAGAUGUGAUGAGGUCGUUAAUUGAUGAUGGAAGCGUUAAACAUUUAUAUGAAUCAUACGAUAACACUCAUUUCCUCUGUGGAUUCCCUACGGAAACUGAUUUCACAUUUCAACAGGGUCAAACAUCAACGGCACCAAUUACAUAUAAAUUAGGUGUUAAAGCUGAUGAUACAAAUAUAAGCGAAAAAUACACUGUCAAACCUUUAUUAGGAUUUCUUAGAAAUGCUU